GGAGGUGUAUUAUUUAUUUAAGAGUUUUUUUUUUGUUUUUAUCUCACGCAAUCCUUGAGUUUCAUUCAAUUUUUUUUCUUCUGGUGUGGAUUACUUGGAGCUGACCCGCCAGGAUUAAAAAAGGAUCUAGUGUUUUUACUGAAAGCUAUGGUGGCUUACGAUGAACUGGGUAGCUUGGUUCCUGUCAAACGGACUCUGCAAGUGAUAGACUACCAGAACCAAGCGAAUAAAGAGUCAGAGGAACCCAGUAACAAGCGUGUCCGUCCUCUCGGCAGGGUGACGUCGCUAGCCAACCUCAUCUCUCCAGUGAAGAAUGGGGCCGUCCGGCGCUUCGGCCAAACCAUCCAGGCCUCUUUCCGGGGCGAUGGCAAGUUGCCGGGCGGGCCCCAGAAGCCUUUCAGUAAGGCAGCAGCCCCCACACCGCCUAAAAGGAGGAACAGCAUUCUGUGGUCAGAGACGCUAGAUGUCCACCAGAAGAGAGCUUUCUCCACCAAAGAGAUCAAGCGGCAAGAGGCCAUAUUUGAGCUGUCUCGUGGAGAGCAGGACCUGAUUGAGGACCUCCAGCUUGCACGCAAGGCAUACCAUGAUCCGAUGCUGAAGCUUUCCAUUAUGUCCGAGGAGGAGCUCACUCACAUCUUUGGCAACCUGGAUGCCUACAUCCCUCUGCAUGAAGACCUGUUGGCCCAGCUGUCUAAAGCCACAGGCCCAGAUGGGACUGUUGGCCAGAUUGGACAGAUUGUUGUCAGUUGGCUUCCCAGGCUAAAUGCCUACAAAGACUACUGCAGCAACCAGUUGGCAGCCAAGGCACUGCUGGACCAGAAGAAGCAGGACCCGCGGGUGCAGGACUCCCUUGUCAAGUAUCCACUGCUGCUUAAAGAGAUACUGAGACAUACUCCACCAGAACACCCCGAUGCUGCCAGCCUGGAGGAAGCAAUCACCAUCAUCCAGGGCGUUCUGUCUGACAUCAACAUGAAGAAGGGGGAGUCUGAGUGCCAGUACUACAUCGACAAGCUGGAGUAUCUGGAUGAGAGGCAGAGGGACCCUUGCAUUGAGCAGUGCAAGAGCCUGCUGUGUCACGGGGAGCUGCGUAACAAGAGUGGCACGAAGCUGCAUGUGUUCCUGUUUACUGAGCUGCUGGUUCUGACCCGCCCCGUCACAAGGAAUGAGCGCCAGUGUUUCCAGGUUUACCGACAGCCGAUCCCAGUUCAUGAUCUGGUGCUUGAGGACCUGCAGGAUGGAGAUGUCAGAAUGGGCGGCUCCUUUAGAGGUGCUUUCAGCAACGCAGACAAAGCUAAGAACAUUUUUCGAGUUCGUUCUCAAGACCCAAGCCAGGCACAGUCCCACACACUGCAAGUCAACGACGUCUUUCACAAGCAGCAGUGGCUCAACUGCGUCCGCCGUGCCAUUUCUGUCCACCGGCCUCUCAGCGAGUCCUCCACUCCCAGCCUGACCACGAGCGGCGCCUGCUCCAAGCGCCGCCCCUACUCAGUGGCAGCCAUCAUGGUCAUGGAGGAAGCAGACGAGAACUGCCCGCAGCCAGCCUCUCAGUCUGCCCCCACCUCGCCCUGCACAACCCCCAGAUCCACCCCUUGUCCUUCACCCCUCUCCACAUCUUCAUCAUUGACGUUAUCAUCGUCAUCAACACCACUCUCCUCAUCCAUAUCACACAAAACCAAAAAGGACAAGAAGUCUCUGUGUUCUCUAGGGAAGAGAAAAGAGACUAUGGUGUGAGUGGAGCUGGCAGGAGAAAAUGGACUCCUGGGUGGACAUUUUGUUUUUUGUACAUAAAUGUUUAAAAAAACAACGCAGAGAAGCAUAAGACUUGUAUUUAUGUGUGUCGGCAUGUGUGCGUAUUAUUAUAACAGUGUUCUGUGUUACUGUCCUGUUUGGCAGCUAAUUUACCUUAUUCCAACAUCCAAGUGCAUCCCACAGACACUUGCACGGCUAUAAAAGGGAAGCAUCAUGAGAAGCAAACACACAUUUUACCCAUGAAUCUGUGUGUCAUGACUUUGUGGAUUUCUUGAGAAUAGUGGUCGUGCAUCAAAUCCUGUUUACUAUUAAUUUGAUAUUUAAACAUUAUUUUAGACCAUUUUGAGAGGGGCUAAUGAAAGUUUUACAUUUUUAUAUUAUAUUCUAAAAUUGAUUGUAGUAUUUUUAGGUAUCAUAGCACAGCACUGUUUUAGCUUUUAGAUGACAUUGUUUAAAAUUGUCAGCAUGUUUCGGAGGCAAGAAAGGAAGAAUUCUCAAAUGUAAUCCACAAAGCUACAACUUUGUCUGGAAAAGUCUGAUUUUAGUUUAAUGAGAAGAUAGGUCUUCUUUAUAUACAUUCCUUAAAUGACAAAUGUUUGGACCUGGACACUAUUUUAUUUUUUGCAGGUCCUGCAGUCAGAGGCAUUAAUUUAAACCCAAAACAGUGAUGAAACAUCAAAUGUCGAAAUCAACGCAGAGAAGUUGACAAAAUUUUGAACUGAGCCAUGUUGGUU